AUGGCACGACCCGGUUAUGGCGGUGUCCUCGACACGCCAGGAACCAACGCUGGCGACGCGACAUAUCUCGACCGCCAGCCCGACUUUGACAUGUCGCAAGAAGUCUCCUUCCAGUCACCGGCCAAGGACAAGAACAUCUUUCAACAGCUGCGCAACGGACGACCGAGCCUCCGCACACCACGCGGGCGCGGCCCCCUGGCCGACCGAAGAAACCUGCCGCUGCAGGGCGCCGAGUUCACGCCCAUGCUCAAGUCGGCCACGCGGAACAGCGCACGACGCGCCGCCUUUGGCAAGGAGAAUGGCGUCGUGCCAGCGACGCCCGCCGCCCUCGACAGGAUCGAAGAGGACCUCACGCCCAUCCCCAACGCCGACGCGUCCAUGUACUCGCGCAACGCCUCCUACGUCGACAACACGCUGCCGCAGGUCGACACGAGUAGUGCCAACUCGACCCCGCUCGUGCCGCUGCCGAGGAGAGGAGACGGCAAGGGCCCCUUGCAGGACGGCAACCAGCUGUCGCUGCGCGAACAAGAAAAUGUCAUUGACCGCAUCGAGAAGGAGAACUUUGGCCUGAAACUCAAGAUUCACUUCCUCGAAGAAGCCCUGCGAAAAGCCGGGCCCGGCUUCAGCGAGGCGGCUCUCAAGGAGAACACGGAGCUCAAGGUCGACAAGGUCACGAUGCAACGCGACCUGCAGAAGUACAAGAAGCACCUGACGACGGCCGAAAAGGAUCUCGAGAGCUACCGUCAGCAGAUGCUCCAGCUGCAGGAGAAGGCCAAGAAGAAGUAUGCCGACGAGAAGCAGUUGGCCGAGAUUGACCGUCUCCAACAGUCACUGGAGGAGAAGGAGUCAGAUAUAGAGUAUCUGCAGCGCCAAGUGCAACAAGAAAAGGGAGAUUCGGCAGAGAUCGAAAAGCUGCGAGACGAAAUCGGAGACCUGGAAGCCGACUUGCGCGAAAAGGAUCGCCUCAUUGGCGAACACGAAGACCAGGUUGAUGAUCUCCAAGCCAAGCUGAACGAGAAGGACGAAGUCCUGGGUGAACGCGAAGACGAGAUUGAGGAUUACAAGGCCAGGCUCAAGAGGGCAGAAACAAAUGCUGCUGGAGAACACGACGAGCAACUCAAAAAUCUCGAAACCAAACUGCAAGAGACGGAGGCCCAGUUCAAGCACGCACAACGAAGGAUGAUCGAGAUGGAACAGGAGGCCGAAACACAAUCCCGACAAGCGCUGCGAAGAAUCACCGAACUCGAGCAAAAGGCCGAGGACGAGUCCAAGCAGGCUCAGCGAAGAAUUCUCGAGCUCGAACAAAAGGCCGCGGCCGGUUCGUCGGCCAACGACGAGUUGGAGGACGCCAGAGACACCAUUCAAGACCUCGAGGCCAGCAUCCGACGGUUGGAAGCUCAAGUCGACGAGAUCCAAGACAAGGCUGACGACGCCAUUUCGGACAAGAAGAGGGCAGAGAGCGAUCUGCAAGAGCUGCAGGAAGAAAUGGCCAACAAAUCAGUCGUCACCAAGGGGUUCAGUCGUCAAAAAGAAGAACGACUCACCCGAUUGCAGAAGGAGCUGGAGCAAGCCGAUGAGAGAUAUGCAACGCUGGAGAAGGAGUUUUCUCAGGCAAUGACGGAAAACCGCAGCCUCAAAUCAUCCGUCCAGGAGACACGACAAAGCAAGGACCUCUCUGAACAAGAGCACCAUUCUCUCGUUGCGAAGGUGGAAGAACUAAGGAAAGAACUUCAAGCACGGAUCGACGAGAAGAGCCUGCUCCAAACACGCCACGACGCGUUGACCAGCGAGUCUGCCUCUCUGCAGCGUGAUGUUUCGCGGUUGCAGAGAUCCGUCGAUGAGUUGGAAGAGAGCCUCUCUCAGGAACGUGAUCAUGCCCUGGGAAUCGAGACACACAUUCGUAACCAGUUCAAGGGAGACAUCGACCGCCUCAACGACGAAAUUUCGGAUCUUCAAGCCGAGAUCCGCGAACGAGACAACUUGUACGACAACGACAGCGAGAAGUGGGAAACGGACCGCCGCACGCUGCAGUCGGAGCGCGAUCGAGCACAAGAGAAAGCUUCGAGCCUGGAAAGCACUAUUGCUCGGCUGCGCGAAGCGGAGGGCAACCUAUCCGGAAAAGAGGCACAGCUUCAAGAGGCGUUGCGAAGUGAGGCUGAGCGUCACAAGAACGAGCAAGCCAGUCUCAACCGCCAGAUUUCCGACCUGCGACAGGAUCUCGACUCUCGGCAGUCGAUGCUCACGGAGUUGCGCAAUGAACUUUCUGCGACGCGAGACGAGCUGCGGCAAACCCAGGUUGACUACCAAUCACAGUCAGAGAAGAUCGAAUCACUAGAGGAUGAGGUCGAAGUCCUGCAGACGACACUAGAUGAAGAGUCUGAACACUCCCGCGAGGAGCUUGAAGCUGCUCGACGCGAGUGUGAGGACCUCAAGCAACAGCUCGAGUCCCUUCGUCGCACUGCUGACCUGGCCCGUGGUACCGCCAGCUCAUACCAGCAGAACGAGACGCGCGCCAGUGCGUCCCUCGAACGACUGCAGACGCAGCUAGACGACUCAACCGCCCAGGUGGUCAAGCUUGGCAAGGAGAAGAAGGACCUGCAGGACCGGCUUGCAUCUCUGGAUCUGGAAAUGCGCUCGCUGAGGAACUCGCUCGCUGAAGCGAGGGCUGAGCGUGACGAGGUCGAAAGUGAAAUGAAGAGGCUGCAGCACUCAGGCGAAGAGACUCUACGCGUCGACCGCGAGAGACUCGACCUGCGGACUGCCAAGAUGAAGCUCGACAACGAGGUGCGCCGCUUGAAGGAGGAGAACAACGUGCUCAUGGAGCAGAGGAGGUCGCUCGAGAGAUCGCUGGAAGAUGAGAUUGACAAGUCUGCGGAGGAGGAGGAGCGUCUCAACCAGGAGAUCCUCCAACUGCAGUCCAAGCUCAGGGAGGCGUCGUCUUCCGAUGGGCCAGAGUCUUCAUCCACGCGCAGGACCAUCCGCGAGCUUGAGCGACGCAUCCGAGACUACGAAGAUCAACUCGCCGCCAGGACCAAUGUCCCCGUCGGUAACGUCACGGAGGGCAACAGCGAGUUGUCACUUGUCCGUCGCGACCUGUCAAGCGCCCGACAGAGGGAGCGCGAGUUCUUGCAGCGUGAAUCAGCGCACAAGGACAUUGUCAAGAACCUCAAGCGACAGAUUGCAGACCUCGAGCGCCAGGCCCACGAGGCCGAGAUGUCUCGUCUCAUCGCAUCGCCAAACUCUUCCGGCACGUCCGCUCGUCCGUCGGAGGUCAACAGCCUCCGCACGCAACUCUCAUCCGCCCAGCAGUCGGUGCAAGAGUUCAAGACCAAGGCGCGCGAUGCCGAGCGCAAGAUGGGGCAGAUCGAGCGCGAUUUCCAGUCCCGCCUCGACGACCUGGAAGACCAGAAGGCGUCGCUCGAGCAAGCGCUCGAAGACGCGCAGCGCGACGCCGACGAAGUGACGGUCCUCCACGAGAAAGCCCUCCGCCGUCUCAGCCAGAAGCUGGACAAGUCGGAACGCGAGCGCAAAGCCGCGGCGUCGAGCCGCCUCAACCUCGACAGCAUGUCGUCCGAGCACCGCAACCUCCAGGAGCUCCUGCAGCGGUCCGAGGCGGAAACGGACGCGCUCGAACACGACGUGCUCCAGCAGCAAGACGCCAUCGACGCCCUGUCGGCCGCCGAGGCCUCCCUCCGCCGCAAGCUCGAGCGCACGCGCAGCGAGCGCGCCGCCUACAGGCUCACGGCCGAGAAGCUCCAGCGCGACAUUCGCGAGCUCAAGGCCGCCGCCGACGCCGCGCCGCAGGGGCCCGCCGUGUACGACACGCUCAACGAGUCGGCCAUUGACACGGUGAUCCGCGCGGCCGAGGGCGCCGAGGAACGUCACGGCAAGGAGCUCCGCGGCAUGGCGCUCCAGAUGGAGUGGAUGCAGGCGCGCUGGGAGCGCGAGGUCAGCAUGCGCGCCGACGCGGCGUACGCCAAGAAGUUCCUGCAGCUGGAGCUCGAGGUCGCUCACACAUGCAACAAGGCCCAGCUGCGCGAACUCGAGCAGAUCCGCACCGAAGUCCUCGGCAGCCGCCGCGCGCUCGCCGCCCCGCCGCCGAGCCUCGCCCGCCCGCCGGGGUCCCGCCCGACCUUCAAGUCCGUGGCGACGAUGGCGCGGUUCGUGGCGCGGGCCAAGAUCUGCGCGCGCGCGUGGGCCGCGCACGAGGCCACGCGCAAGAAGCUUGCCGACAGGGUCGAGGAGAUGCGCCGCGUCAAGAAGAGGAGGGGGCUCAAGGUCGUUCGGGACGAGGAGGCGCACGCCGUCUGA